CGUACAGCAAUUCCAACGCAUAUUAGUGUGCCACUUUCCUAGCCAUGCUGUGCCAUUGGUUUUCUCAAUGCUGUAUUGUAGCUGCGGCUUCUCGUGUGGAGUGAAGGCGGCUUUGGAUCGGCACUUGGCGAAGUUUGCUGGGACCGAAUCAGAAGCCGAACACGGCCACAGUUUGCCUCUUCCAGCUCUUCCACCGAGAGGGGUCAAAAGCGCCCCCAAUCUUGCACGGUCACUGGAUAUAGAUGAGGACGGUGCGGAGACGGACGAGCUGCAGCCGACAAAGCCUGCAAAGCAGCCGGUUCCCACUCCUCCUCGCACAUGCAGGGAGUCUUCAGGACGUCAAGCAAUGGUGGGCACCUUAGAAGCUGGGGACUUCAAGAGCCUCAAGUCUGAGGUCAGGCUUUUGCUUGUACGCCAUGCUCAAAGCGCCAACAAGUGCCGCUUGCCUGGCCAAGUCGCGGAAGCAGAUCCAGGCUUGACGGAUUACGGACUUCAGCAAGCGAAUGCUCUGGGGCAUCGGCUUGCCAAAGAUUUCAGGUCUACAAAGGUAUCUCGCGUGAUAUUUGUGUCCAGCCCAAUGAGGCGGUGCCUUUUGACCAUGCAGCCGGCUGUCAGCCUGCUGCAGCUUACUCCCGAGAACGUGCUUUGCCAUGGUGGCAGCUACGAGUUCGGCUGCGCCGGCAAGGCAUUUGUUGGAUCCACCGCGGAAGAGAUCUCCACAGAGUAUCCGGAAUUUAAGCCGGUUGGCUUCGCUCCCGACAACGCGUGGGACUACCAGGGCAAUACCGAGAAGGAGACGGAGCAAGAGUGUCGAGCUCGCGGUGUGCGGCUGGUUGAAUGGCUGUUUGCCACGGCGGCCGCAAGUGGUGAGUUUCCUCACACAAUAGUGCUGGCAACUCACCAAACGAUCAAUGACUUGAUUUGCAGCAUUCUUGUCGAUGGCUCUGCGGAGCGAUGGCGGUAUGGUGAAAUCAGGUAUCGCCUACAAACUGCAGGCAUUACAGAGGUCUUGGCAGACCCAGGAAAGUCUCGAUUAGGAGUGCAAAAUGAUGGCACCCAUCUCUUUGCCCUCAAGAACAAAUAGAAUAUGCGCCAACUGCGUGCACAAAUA